AAGUGGUCAAAUUACCUGGAAAAAACGGGAGCUAAAUAAAUUACCAUUCGCAAACCCUAUCUUGUCAUCAUUAUCAGCAAAACCUGGUGAAUUUGUUCAGCAAUGGCGGGUUGGAUCGGACGGUCUGUGAUCUGUGUCCUGGCGGCUCUGUUGUUGGCAUCAUCGACGAUUGCCAGCUUAGAUGGCCCAUUCAUAAUUGCCAAUAAGAAAGCCAAGCUCACCAGGCUCAAAUCGGGCUCCGAACGUGUCUCUGUUUCCAUUGAUGUCUACAAUCAAGGAUCCACGACUGCCUAUGAUGUAACCCUUAAUGAUGGUGGUUGGACCCAAGACAUAUUUGAUAUCGUCUCUGGUAACACUUCAACGUCGUGGGAAAGGCUUGAUGCGGGGGCUCUUCAGUCACAUUCCUUUGAAUUGGAAGCCAAAACCAAAACUAUGUUUUAUGGAGCACCAGCAGUUAUCACAUACCGUGUCCCCACGAAGGCUGCUUUACAGGAAGCAUACUCAACUCCAAUCCUGCCACUAGAUAUUCUAGCAGAUAGGCCUCCUGAGAAGAAGUUUGAGUGGGCUAAGAAGCUGUUGGUGAAAUAUGGCCCCCUUAUCUCUGUGGUCUCUAUUGUGGUUCUGUUUGUGUACCUGGUCGCAACUCCAUCAAAAUCCAGUGGCCCAAAGGGGAGCAAGAAGAAGCGCUAAUGACUAUAUUCAACUGCUGUGCAGCUGUCUUUCUUUGUCUAUGCGCGUGUUGCCAGCAGGCUUGUCUUCUUAUCCCCACUUUGUCAUAGCCCAUCAAAUAUUUCAUUUCCGGUUGUCAGUACAAUUCUGCGUUAGGGCUUUCAAAAGUUCUAAAUGAUAAGCUAUUAGAAGAGAGAUGAACUGACUUCUUAGUCCGGCCUCUUUUUAAGCUAGGAGUUAUUUGCUUUAAGGAUCGCCAUCUUAGGUUGCUGCCUGGAAUUCGUGAAGUUUUCUUGUGUUUAUUUGUACUUUUUUGAGCAAUGCAAUUUAUCUAUCUUGAACUCCCAUAAUUUCCUCA